AGUGUUUCCACAGUGGCAGGUGUUUGUUUCCAAGCAAACGCGAGCGACGGGCACACUGCCCGGAUCGCAGUGUGCCGUCUCAGUCGAGUAAAAUGAAGCUGUUAUUCUUAGCCCCUGUCAUUGAGAUACUUGAUUGCUCCGAUUGUGAUGCCACACACUUGGCUGACAACCUGAAAGGAAAGCAGACUGAAAAUCCCUGAGUAUAAAUAAAUUGGGAAAAUGGACGCCAAACAAUUUGUGGAGAUCGACGGCUCCUAUUUGGAGGGCGGCGGACAGGCGCUGCGCAACGCCCUCAGCCUCAGCUGCAUUUUGGGCAAACCGGUGCGCGUGGUGAAGAUCCGGGCCAACCGCCCGAAUCCUGGGCUCUCGCGCCAGCACCUGCACGGGCUGAACCUACUGCGGGACAUCACCAAUGCGGACGUGGUGGGAAACUACUUGCUUUCCUCCACAGUGGAGUUCACGCCGGGCACCAUUGUGGACAACACUUAUCGCGUGGAAACGCACACGGCGGCCAGCAUUACUCUGAUCUAUCAGAUGGCUCUGCCAGUGCUUCUCUUUGCUGGACGCUCGUCGCGCCUGAUCGUGUGCGGAGGCACGAACGUUGACUUUGCUCCCCCGGUGGAGUACAUGCAGGACGUGCUGCUGCCCAACCUAAGACACUUCGGGGCUAGCUUCGACCUGAAGGUGCAGCGGUACGGCUUCUAUCCACGCGGCCAAGGCAGAUGCCAGUUGGACGUGGAACCCGUUGCCAAGCUGAAUCCCGGAAAAUUAGUGGCUUUCGGCAACAUCAAAUCGGUCAGCGGAGUGGCCUACUGCGCCGGCCGCUUGCCAGUAAAUAUUGCGAUUGACAUGCAACAGUCGGCGCAACGCGAGAUACAUCGUAUGUGGCCGUCCCAGAAGUGCAACAUCGAGCCGAUUAAGCAUUCGCGCCAGAAGGCAUACUACGAUGGAGCCGGGAUCUUGAUGACAGUCAACACGACCGCCGACGUUGUCCUAGGUGCUUCCGCAUUGGGCAAAAAGAGGAUCGAUGGACACCUUCUCGGCUUAGAGGUGUCGUGCCAACUGGGCGGGUAUAUCCGCGAGAAAGUCUGCGUUGACAAUUACAUGCAGGACCAGCUCAUCAUCUACAUGUCCCUGGCCGUCGGCCGCUCAACUAUGCGCACAGGCAAGCUGACCAAUCACACGCGCACCGCCAUCAACGUAGCCGAGCAAAUGACAGGCGUCAAGUUCGACGUGGCGACGGAGCCCGACGGCCAGAUGCUAGUCAGCUGCCAGGGCUUGGGACAUCUGAACAAGUUGAUUUAACAAUCGAUAGAUCUCUUUACUCUAAGGCAACCUUAAAUUAAUGUCUACAUAUAUAGAGAAUAUACGUGUCCUAAAGGCGCCGGAAAAUGGCCAGAAAAUGGU